CCUCCAUGGGAGAGUGCCGCAGGGGAGGUAGAGUCAGUGGCCUGUACCCAGGUUUCGGUGAUGGCUAGGAGGUUGAGGGAGCGGGAGAUGAAGAGGUCAUGGAUGGCAUCAUUAACCACCUCCUGUCCGGCCUUUGUAUAUAAACGGCCAGAUGGUGGCAGUGCAGGGGUGGGUGACCAUUUAUAAAUGGCCUCUCCGCCCCCUGCUUGUGCGCGCUCCCUGUGAGCACGCAGCAACGCGAUCCGGUGCCUGCUGUGUCCUCCGGACACAGUGGAACAC